AUGGCAUUCAUAUGCCUCAAAAAGAAUUCAUUACGGCAACCAGCCAGAAUGUCUUCAAAAAAUCCUUUUCUAAAUUCAAGCGAUGACGAAGACUACAAAUUUGGUAAUACAAACAAAGCCAAAGCAGAGACAAGGCGAUCUGAGCUCUUAGACCAGGCUAAAAGCAUGAAUCAAAGAAAAAUUGAAUCAACUCAACGUACACUUGCGCUUAUAAAUGAAAGUGAGGUUGUGGGAAUCUCCACUGCAGAGGUUAGCUUGACUUUUUUUAUUUCUCAGCAAUUGAGCCAACAGGGAGAACAGCUCAGAAAUAUCGACGCAAAACUUGGAAUGAUGGACGAAAACCUGAAUGAAUCACAAAAAAACUUAAACGGAAUGAACAGUUUUUUUCGUAGCUUUUUUUCUCCCAAAAAAUCAAAAAUUUCAAGUACAACAGUAAAUCAGAAGAAUACUGAGAGUAAAUCCUCUUUUGUGCAAAAUGAUCCUCCUCAAAUACAAACGACUGGAACGUCAGAUUUAGAUGAUAACCUCGGAAUGAUUGCUUCUGGAAUUGGACGUCUAAAGGGACUUGCUAUUGGCCUCAAUGAUGAGAUUGAUCAACAAAAUAAAGAUUUGGUGAAAUUAAAUUCAAAAACUGCAAAAAUUGAUCUCAAAUUGUCUUCGCAACAGGCACAAAUUAAAAAAAUUAUUUAA